AUGCACGCUCUUCUACCGCUCACCGUUCUUCUGAGCACUUUCGCCACCCGAGCGGUUGCUGACACCAGCUUCAUCACUCCAGGAGGAUCUGGUACUUCGGGAUGGAAGAACAACCCAUCUUACGAUGUCGACGAGAGCAUGAACGUUGAAUGGCAGACGGAUCUGGAUAUGACGAAUCUUCUUCUCUGGCAGGACUAUCCUUCUGCUGGUGGCGGCACCCAGUUCUUCAUGGGAUUGAAAGAAAACACGACAUCGACAAGUUUCAUCUGGCAGGUCAGCUUCAAUGGCUUCUCAACUGAAGUCAAAGACGGCGAGGAUGCUGUCUUCCACUUCUCCCUCUUCAAGUCCGGCACAAACGAUAUCGUUGCGAACAGCCAGACUUUCAACGUCACUGUCCCCAAAGACGUAACGACCACGAGCGCAGCCUCGACCGUCGCACCAAGCCCUACACCUACCGGCGACGCCACCGAAACCACAACGGAUGCCUCUGCCGAGACAACAACAGACGCUGCUGCAUCUGAAGAUAAGGGCAUCUCUACUGGUGCCGUCGUUGGUAUUGCGGUCGGUGCGACAUUGGGAGGUAUCGCUGUCCUAGGUGGCAUUGGAUUCCUUCUUUGGCGACAUUUCCGCAAGGGCGCCGGUUCUGCUGCCGCGGCUGGAGGUUACGCCCCUCCUGCCGAGAUGUCUACUGGACCUCAACACCAACCUGUGCAAGAAUAUUACAAGACUCCUGAUCAGCAAGCACCUGCUGAGAUGGCUGGUCAGCCGUGGAUUCAUCCUCAGCAAGGUUACACUGGUGGUCUGCACGAGGCACCUUAA